UACGGUUUCUCAAAACUUUAAAAAUAGUUCUAGCCUUAAUAGUCUAACUACUGUUUAAAAAAGAUCUAACAUGGUAUUAGAGCUCGUGUGAGACGAUCCAGAUUUUUUUUUACAAAGAAAUUCCUUAAUCUUACGGAAAUUGUUUUCUCGAAUCCAUGGCGGAGAAUGAAGAACAAACAUACAGAAAACCAGAUCCCAAUUCACCAAAUUAUGCGCAAUGGGAGCGUUGUGAUAACAUGGUGUUCAGCUGGAUUUUGCACUCAAUCCAGCCAGAUCUUGCAGAAGCGUUUCUAUACGCUUCAUCGUCUGAAGAAUUAUGGAAGGAGCUCGAAGAAAGGUUUGGAUCACAAAACAUUGGAUCUGAAAUGGCAUCAUAUGCCAACAAUGAUGGAAGAGAUUACCAGGCCUUCUUCGCUGGAAAAGGAGGUUUCCAGAAGCAGGCUCCUUAUAACAAAUUUGAUGCAAAGAGAGGCAAAAGGUGUGACUAUUGUAAAGAGAAUGGUCAUCUCAAGGAGCAAUGCUUCAAGCUCAUUGGAUAUCCUGAGUGGUUCAAAGGGAACAAAGGAAAGAAAGGGCAGAAUACACAUGGUGGAAACAAAUUUGCUGGGAACACCAUGAUUCAAGAUGGUUUCUUGGAGACCCCACUGGAUGAUACUCAGAAUCACAAUGGAGAACAAAAUUUCCAGAUGAACACUGCUUUUCUCAAAGGACUUGCACAAGAGAUGAUGAAGGUGCUGAAUGAGAAGAGCAACUCAUCAUCAGAUUCCAUUUCAUUGAACACUUAUGCUUAUUUCGCAGGUAAAUGCUUAUCUAUGGCUUCUAGUGUCUUGAACUUAAGUGAGGUUGAGGCCUGUUGUGCACACAGUGGAAAUGAGGUGAAUUGGAUAAUAGAUACUGGAGCUUCAGAUCAUAUGACCCCUUUUGAACACAUCUUUUGUGAGACAUAUACACUCAAAUCUCCUGUUAAAGUAACAUUACCAGAUGGUCAUCAUAAAACAGUGCAUAAGGCAGGGAAUGUGGUGAUAACACCAAAUUUGAUCUUGACUGGUGUUUUACAUGUGCCUGACUUCAAAUUCAGCCUCAUUUCAGUAAGCAAGUUGAUAGACACACAUGGACUUCAUAUGGUUUUUCUGCCUGACAAGUGUCUGUUUCAGGACCUUUUGACUAAACAGACAAUGGCAACAGGAUUAAGGAGCACUGGGCUAUAUAAGUUGAAGGGAAGGAAAAACAAGGAACCUGAUGUACCACUCCCUAUCAUCACAAUAGAUGACUGUGAAUAUGAAUCAGUUCCUGAUAAUACUCCCAUCAGUUCCUCUGAACAACUACAACAUGAUCACCUUCCAACUGAUGAGGACACACUGGUCAGAAUGUCUGAUGAUAGCGUGGAGGGCAGCACAUCCAGAACAAAUGUGGACUGUAAUGACUCCACAAAGGCACAAGAUGAGAAUAUGAUAAGAAGAUCUACCAGGAUUAAAGCUACACCUGUGUGGAUGAAGGACUUCAUUCAGCCUAAACCCAAGCAAUAUUUGCAGCAUACUAAAGAUUCUUCUCAAUCCUUCAGUUUGUAUGCUUCUGCCAAGGCUUUGGGUUGUCCAAUAUAUCACAAAAUGAAGCAAGAAAACUUUCGCAUCUUCAUAUUGUCACUUAACCUUUGUAUAUUCAGUCUCCUCCUUCUGCUACAAAAUUCUUGUGCUGCAGAUGUGCAGUAUGAAGCCUGUGAGCCAAAAAGAUGCCACCAUGGUCCAACCAUACGCUAUCCCUUUUACCUUCAAGACCAGCAGAAAUCUUAUUGCGGUUUCCCUCAAUUCAAAAUCAGUUGUCAUGUGCUGCAGGGCUAUCCAAUUCUUUGCCUAUCUGGAAUUGCUUAUGUGGUUGAGGACAUUUCUUAUGAAAGCAGUCUGAUUCGGGUUUAUAAUGAAGCCACCCGAGGAUCUGGAGCCACCUGUCUUCGGGAGAUCAGAAAUCUGGCGACCCCAGCUAAAAGUGCUGGCUUGAGGCUUUUUAGCAAUUCAUCAAUCCGUUUUUUAUCAAAUUGCAGUGAACCACUGUCAGGGGGUCUUCAGAAGUACAGGUUUCGCUGUAAUGAAGGGAACAGAACCAAGUGGGGCUUGGUAUUGUUUAAUGAUAGUAACUUCUUGAGCUCUGCAUUGGAGCAGUGCAGAGAGAAUGUGGUGGUGCCAGUCGAGAGAGGGAAAGGCAAUGAUAGGCUUAGAAGCAAUGGUGUAGUUGAUUAUGAGACGUUAUUGAGAAAAGGGUUUGAGUUGAAAUGGAGAGUAAGCAGCUGCAAUGAGUGCGAACAAAGCGGCGGGCGGUGUGGAUUUAAUGCUAGCACUAUCAAGUUCAAGUGUUUCUGUCCCGAUCGACCUCAUUCCGCGCGUUGCAGGCACGAACCAGUUGCAGGUAAAAGUAAAACGAAGAUUAUUAUAAUAGCAGUUUUGGGAGCUGUUAUAAUGAUCCUCACUUUGAGUUUGGUGGUGAUUCUUGUUCUUCGGCGUCGCAAGAAUGCAGUUUGGGGUUCUUCACGAUUCAUUCCACACAACACAUCUUCUACACUCUCCAAAAAACUAGACCUUGAGCAAGAUAGUAAAUACUUUGGGAUUCAAGUCUUCUCUUACUCUGAACUCGAAGAAGCUACAAACAGUUUUGAUUCUUCCAAAGAACUUGGAGAUGGAGGGUUUGGAACUGUAUAUUAUGGAAAGCUUGGGGAUGGAAGGGAAGUAGCUGUGAAGCGCCUAUAUGAGCACAACAGCAAGAGAAUGGAGCAGUUCAGAAAUGAGAUAGAGAUUCUCACCGGCCUAAGACACCCAAAUCUUGUAACCCUUUAUGGGUGCACAUCCAGAUGCAGCCGUGAGCUCCUCCUCGUUUAUGAAUACAUUCCGAAUGGAACAGUUUCUGAUCACCUCCACGGAGAAAGAGCAAAAGACGGAUCGCUCACUUGGCCUAUCCGAAUGAACAUAGCAGUGGAAGCAGCUAGUGCACUGGCUUACCUCCAUGCCUCUGGCAUAAUACAUCGAGAUGUGAAGACCUCUAACAUUCUUCUUCACGAAAACUUUUGUGUCAAAGUUGCAGAUUUCGGGCUUUCAAGACAUUGUCCCACUGGUGCUACACAUGUCUCCACUGCACCUCAAGGAACACCUGGAUACGUCGACCCCGAGUAUCACGAGUUCUACCAUCUCACUGAUAAAAGUGAUAUUUACAGUUUCGGCGUUGUCCUUAUUGAGCUCAUAUCCUCAAUGCCCGCCGUGGAUAUAAGUCGGCAUAGACAUGAGAUCAACCUGUCAAAUUUGGCCAUGAAUAGGAUAAUCCGGCAUGCGUUUCAUGAGCUGAUUGAUCCAUCUAUGGGGUUUGAGACAGACGCUGAAAUCAUGAGGAUGACUACUUCCGUGGCAGAGCUUGCUUUCCGGUGUCUGCAAUCGGAGAAGGAUAUGCGGCCUGCGAUGACUGAUGUCCUGGAGACGCUGAAGGAAAUUCAAGGCAGUGAGUUGAAAAACACGGUGGAGCAAGAGACGGAUAAUAAGAAUGAUAGUGUGUCAGGUGGAUCUACAAAAGUCCCUUCUCCACCUGGAUCAAACGGUGCAUCUCUGCCGCUGUUAAAAUUGUCAGUUUCGCCCAUUUCUGUGACUGAUAGUUGGGUAGUAAGUAGCUCUACUACAAGUAGCAGCAAUAGUGAGUGAUUCUUAUCCCACCUGUCUUGCUUGAUCAAGACAUUUUUUUGUCUAGCCACACUCCCUCGCUUAAUUUAUUUGUAUUUUAGGAGUGGGUCUGGUUGGUUAUUUUGUGCUUUAUGCCUAGUGUUUGUUUGCCUUGUACAGGUUCCACAGUUACAACAAAAAGGAAAUGUACAGAGAAAUAAAUAGCUGCUUGCUAG